CCACGACGUAUGCGACCCGGAGACGCGUGGGGCGGAACUUCCGGACGCCCCGCCCUGCCGCCGACCCUGCGGAGCUGAGGGUGAAGCCUUCGGACGCCAGUCCCUCAUCGCUGGCCCGGUCGCGCCGAGGCGAAGGGGGCGGAGCCUGCACCCGCCCCGCCAACCUUCGCCCCGCCCGCCUCGCGCCGCGCAGGGAGGAGGAGGAGGAGCUGCAGCCGGGCCCGCACUGCAGCGCCAGCGCCCGAGCGGGCGGCCGAGCUCCUGGAGCGGCCUGUCCCCGAAUCCCGAGCGGGCGUCGCUCAGCAGCCGGUCGCGACCGCAGCCCUAUCCCGCUCCGCGCCCGCCAUGCCGUCCGCGGGCCCCGCCUGAGCCGCGCCUCCGCGCGCGGGCGGGCCUGGGGACGGCGGGGCCAUGCGCACGCUGCCCUGACGAUGCCGCCCGCCGCGCCCGCCCGCCUGGCGCUGGUCCUGGUCCUGGGCCUGAGCCUGUGGCUUGGGGCGCUGGCGGGGGACCCCGGGCGCGGCUGCGGGCCCUGCGCGCCCCCCUGCCUCUGCGGCCCUGCGCCCGGCGCCGCCUGCCGCGUCAACUGCUCGGGCCGCGGGCUGCGGACGCUUGGUCCCGCGUUGCGCAUCCCCGCGGACGCCACGGCGCUAGACGUCUCCCACAACUUGCUCCGGGCGCUGGACGUCGGGCUCCUGGCGAACCUCUCGGCACUGUCAGAGCUGGAUAUAAGCAACAACAAGAUUUCUACGCUAGAAGAAGGAAUAUUUGCUAAUUUAUUUAAUUUAAGUGAAAUAAACCUGAGUGGGAACCCGUUUGAGUGUGACUGUGGCCUGGCGUGGCUGCCACGAUGGGCAGAGGAGCAGCAAGUGCGGGUGGUGCAGCCCGAGGCAGCCACAUGCGCUGGGCCUGGCUCCCUGGCUGGCCAGCCUCUGCUCGGCAUCCCCUUGCUGGACAGUGGCUGUGGUGAGGAGUAUGUCGCCUGCCUCCCUGACAACAGCUCAGGCACUGUGGCAGCAGUGGCCUUUUCAGCUGCCCACGAAGGCCUGCUUCAGCCAGAGGCCUGCAGUGCUUUCUGCUUCUCCACUGGCCGGGGCCUUGCGGCCCUCUCGGAGCAGGGCUGGUGCCUGUGUGGGGCAGCCCAGCCCUCCAGUGCCUCCUUCGCCUGCCUGUCCUUCUGCUCUGGCCCCCUGCCGCCUCCUGCGCCCGACUGUGGGGGCCCAACCCUCCUCCAGCAUGUCUUCCCUGCCUCCCCAGGGGCUGCCCUGGUGGGGCCCCAUGGACCCCUGGCCUCUGGCCAGCCAGCAGCCUUCCACAUCGCUGCCCCGCUCCCUGUCACUGCUACACGCUGGGACUUCGGAGAUGGCUCCCCCGAGGUGGAUGCCGCUGGCCCGGCUGCCUCGCACCGCUAUGUGCUGCCUGGGCGCUAUCAUGUGACGGCUGUGGUGGCCCUGGGGGUCGGCUCAGCCCUGCUGGGGACAAACGUGCAGGUGGAAGCGGCACCUGCAGCCCUGGAGCUCGUGUGCCCGUCCUCGGUGCAGAGUGACGAGAGCCUCAAACUCAGCAUCCAGAACCGUGGUGGUUCAGGCCUAGAGGCCGCCUACAGCAUCGUGGCCGUGGGCGAGGAGCUGGCCCGAGUGGUGCACCCGCUCUGCCCCUCGGACACGGAGAUCUUCCCUGGCAACGGGCACUGCUACCGCCUGGUGGUGGAGAAGGCAGCCUGGCUGCAGGCACAGGAGCAGUGCCGGGCCUGGGCCGGGGCCGCCCUGGCCAUGGUGGACAGUCCCGCCGUGCAGCGCUUCCUGGUCUCCCGGGUCACCAGGAGCCUGGACGUGUGGAUCGGCUUCUCGACUGUGCAGGGGGCAGAGGCGGGCCUGGCGCCGCAGGGCGAGGCCUUCAGCCUGGAGAGCUGCCAGAACUGGCUGCCCGGGGAGCCACACCCAGCCACAGCUGAGCACUGCGUCCGGCUCGGGCCUACCGGGUGGUGCAACACUGACCUGUGCUCAGCGCCACACAGCUACGUCUGCGAACUGCGGCCCGGAGGCCCAGUGCAGGAUGCCGAGAACCUCCUCGUGGGAGCACCCAGUGGGGACCUGCAGGGACCCCUGACGCCUCUGGCACCGCAGGAUGGCCUCUCAGCCCCGCACGAGCCCGUGGAGGUCAUGGUAUUCCCGGGCCUGAGUCUGAGCCAUGAAGCCUUCCUCACCACAGCCGAAUUUGGGACCCAGGAGCUCCGGCGGCCUGCCCAGCUGCGACUGCAGGUGUACCGGCUCCUCAGCGCAGCAGGGACCCUGGAGAACGGCAGCGAGCCUGAGAGCAGGUCCCUGGACAACAGGACCCAGCUGGUCCCCGAGUGCAUGCCGGGGGGACGCUGGUGCCCUGCAGCCAAUGUCUGCGUGCCGCUGGACGCCUCCUGCCACCCCCAGGCCGGUGCCAAUGGCUGCACGUCAGGGCCGGGGCUACCUGGGGCCCUCUAUGCGCUAUGGAGAGAGUUCCUCUUCUCUGUUCCUGCGGGGCCCCCCGCGCAGUACUCGGUCACCCUCCAUGGCCAGGAUGUCCUCAUGCUCCCUGGUGACCUCGUUGGCUUGCAGCACGACGCUGGCCCUGGCGCCCUCCUGCACUGCUCGCCGGCUUCCGGCCACCCCCAAGCCCUGUACCUCUCUGCCAACGCCUCGGCCUGGCUGCCCCACUUGCCAGCCCAGCUGGAGGGCACUCGGGCCUGCCCUGCCUGUGCCCUGCGGCUGCUGGCAGCCACGGAACAGCUCACCGUGCUGCUGGGCCUGAGGCCCAAUGCUGGGCUGCGGCUGCCUGGGCGCUAUGAGGUCCGGGCAGAGGUGGACAAUGGCGUGUCCAGGCAUAACCUGUCCUGCAGCUUCAACGUGGUCUCCCCAGUGGCUGGGCUGCGGGUCAUCUACCCUGCCCCCCGCAACGGCCACCUCUACGUGCCCACCAAUGGCUCAGCCUUGGUGCUCCAGGUGGACUCUGGUGCCAACGCCACGGCCACGGCUCACUGGCCUGGGGGCAAUGUCAGCGCCCGCUUUGAGGCUGCCUGCCCUGCCCUGGUGGCCACCCUCCUGCCUGGCUGCCCCUGGGAGACCAACGAUACCCAGUUCUCAGUGGUAGCACUGCCGUGGCUCAGUGAGGGGGAGCACGUGGUGGAGGUUGUGGCAGAAAACAGCGCCAGCCGGGCCAACCUCAGCCUGCGGGUGACGGCAGAGGAGCCCAUCUGUGGCCUCCGUGCCACGCCCAGCCCUGAGGCUCGUGUGCUGCAGGGAGUCCUAGUGAGGUACAGCCCCGUGGUGGAGGCCGGCUCGGACGUGGUCUUCCGGUGGACCAUCAACGACAAGCAGUCCCUGACCUUCCAGAACGUAGUCUUCAAUGUCAUUUAUCAGAGCGCAGCGGUCUUCAAGCUCUCACUGACGGCCUCCAACCAUGUGAGCAACGUCACUGUGAACUACAAUGUCACUGUGGAGCGGAUGAACAGGAUGCAGGGCCUGUGGGUCUCCACAGUGCCGGCCGUGCUGCCCCCCAAUGCCACACUGGCACUGACGGCAGGCGUGCUGGUGGACUCAGCUGUGGAGGUGGCCUUCCUGUGGACCUUUGGGGAUGGGGAGCAGGCCCUCCACCAGUUCCAGCCUCCGUACAACGAGUCCUUCCCAGUUCCAGACCCCUCAGUGGCCCAGGUGCUGGUGGAGCACAAUGUCACGCACACCUACGCUGCCCCAGGUGAGUACAUCCUGACCGUGCUGACAUCUAAUGCCUUCGAGAACCUGACGCAGCAGGUGCCUGUGAGCGUGCGUGCCGCCCUGCCCUCCAUGGCUGUGGGUGUGAGCGACAGUGUCCUGGUGGCCGGCCGGCCCAUCACCUUCUACCCACACCCGCUGCCCUCACCUGGAGGUGUUCUUUACACGUGGGACUUCGGAGACAGCUCCCCUGUCCUGACCCAGAGCCAGCCGGCUGCCAACCACACCUACGCCUCGAGGGGCACCUACUGUGUGCACCUGGAGGUCAACAACACAGUGAGCAGCGCGCUGGCCCAGGCAGAUGUGCGUGUUUUUGAGGAGCUCCGUGGGCUCAGCGUGGACAUGAGCCUGGCCGUGGAGCAGGGAGCCCCCGUGGUGGUCAGCGCUGCGGUGCAGACUGGCGAUGACAUCACGUGGACCUUCGACAUGGGGGACGGCACCGUGCUAUCGGGCCCCGAGGACACAGUGGAGCAUGUGUACCUGCGGGCGCAGAACUGUACAGUGACUGUGGCUGCAGCCAGCCCUGCCGGCCACCUGGCCCGGAGCCUGCACGUGCUGGUCUUCGUCCUGGAGGUGCUGCGCAUCGAGCCCGCUGCCUGCAUCCCCACGCAGCCCGACGCGCGGCUUACGGCCUACGUCACCGGGAACCCAGCCCACUACCUCUUUGACUGGACCUUUGGGGACGGCUCCUCCAACACAACCGUGCAGGGGCGCCCUACGGUGACGCACAACUUCACGCGGAGCGGCACGUUCCCCCUGGCGCUCGUGCUGUCGAGCCGUGUGAACAAGGCGCAUUACUUCACCAGCAUCUGCGUGGAGCCGGAGGUGGGCAACGUCACCCUGCAGCCAGAGAGGCAGUUUGUGCAGCUCGGGGACGAGGUCCGGCUCAUGGCAUGUGUCUGGCCCCCAUUCCCCUACCGCUACACCUGGGACUUUGGCACCGAGGAAGCGGCCCCCGCCCGUGUUGGGGGCCCCGAGGUGACGUUCACUUACCGAGACCCAGGCUCCUAUCUUGUGACAGUCACCGCGUCCAACAAUGUCUCUGCUGCCAAUGACUCAGCCCUGGUGGAGGUGCAGGAGCCUGUGGUGGUCACGGACAUCAAGGUCAAUAGCUCCCUCAUGCUGGAGCUGCAGCAGCCAUACCUGUUCUCUGCUGUCGGCCGUGGGCACCCCGCCAGCUACCUGUGGGAUCUGGGGGACGGUGGGCGGCUGGAGGGUCCGGAGGUCACCCACGCUUACAACAGCAUAGGUGACUUCACCGUCAGGGUGGCCGGCUGGAAUGAGGUGAGCCGCAGUGAGGCCUGGCUCAAUGUGACAGUGAAGCGGCGUGUGCGGGGGCUGGUUGUCAACGCCAGCCGCACGGUGGUGCCCCUGAAUGGGAGCGUGAGCUUCAGCACCUCGCUGGAGGCCGGCAGUGAUGUGCGCUAUUCCUGGGUGCUCUGUGACCGCUGCACACCCAUCCCUGGGGGCCCUACUAUCUCUUAUACCUUCCGCUCCGUGGGCACCUUCAGUAUCAUCGUCACGGCUGAGAACGAGGUGGGCUCUGCCCAGGACAGCAUCUUCGUCUACGUCCUGCAGCUCAUAGAGGGGCUGCAGGUAGUGGGCUGUGGCAGCUACUUCCCCACCAACCACACGGUACAGCUACAGGCUGUGGUCAAGGAUGGCACCAACAUCUCCUACAGCUGGACUGCUUGGUGGGAUAGGGGCCCGGCCCUGGCCGGCAGCGGCAAAGGCUUCUCGCUCACCGCGCUCGAGGCCGGCACCUACCACGUGCAGCUGCGGGCCACCAACAUGCUGGGCAGCGCCUGGGCCGACUGCAAUGUGGACUUCGUGGAGCCUGUGGGGUGGCUGAAGGUGGCCGCCUCCCCGAACCCAGCUGCCGUCAACACAAGCGUCACCCUCAGUGCCGAGCUGGCUGGUGGCAGUGGUGUCUUAUACACUUGGUCCUUAGAGGAGGGGUUGAGCUGGGAGACCCCUGAGCCAUUUACCACCCACAGCUUCCCCGCGCCUGGCCUGCACUUGGUCACUGUCACAGCAGGGAACCCGCUGGGCUCAGCCAGCGCCACCGUGGAAGUGGGCGUGCAGGUGCCUGUGAAUGGCCUCAGCAUCAGGGCCGGUGAGUCGGGAGGUAGCUUCGUGGCGGCUGGGUCCUCUGUGCCCUUCUGGGGGCAGCUGGCCACGGGCACCAAUGUGAGCUGGUGCUGGGCUGUACCCGGCGGCAGCAGCAAGCGUGGCCCUCACGUCACUAUGGUCUUCCCGGAUGCUGGCACCUUCUCCGUCCAGCUCAACGCCUCCAACGCAGUCAGCUGGGUCUCAGCCACACACAACCUCACGGUGGAGGACCCCAUCGUGGGCCUGGUGCUGUGGGCCAGCAGCAAGGUAGUGGCGCCCGGGCAGCUUGUCCAUUUUCAGAUCCUGCUGGCUGCCGGCUCGGCCGUCACCUUCCGCCUGCAGGUCGGUGGGGCCAGCCCAGCGGUGCUCCCCGGGCCCCGUUUCUCCCACAGCUUCCCCCGUGUCGGAGACCACGUGGUGAGCGUGCAGGGUGAAAACCACGUGAGCUGGGCCCAGGCGCAGGUGCGCAUCGUGGUGCUGGAGGCUGUGAGCGGGCUGCAGGUGCCCAACUGCUGCGAGCCUGGCAUCGCCACAGGCACUGAGAGGAACUUCACAGCCCGCGUGCAGCGCGGUUCUCGGGUCGCCUACGCCUGGUACUUCUCGCUGCAGAAGGUCCAGGGCGACUCACUGGUCAUCCUGUCGGGCCGCGACGUCACCUACACGCCCGUGGCUGCGGGGCUGCUGGAGAUCCAGGUGCGCGCCUUCAAUGCCCUGGGCAGUGAGAACCGCACACUGGUGCUGGAGGUCCAGGACACCGUCCAGUAUGUGGCCCUGCGGAGCGGCCCCUGCUUCACUAACCGCUCGGCAUGGUUUGAGGCUGCCACCAGCCCCAGCCCCCGGCGCGUGGCCUACCACUGGGAUUUUGGGGACGGGGCCCCGGGGCAGGACACAGAUGAGCCCCGGGCCGAGCACUGCUACCUGAGGCCUGGGGACUACCGCGUGCAGGUGAACGCCUCCAACCUCGUGAGCUUCUUCGUGGCGCAGGCCACGGUGACUGUCCAGGUGCUGGCCUGCCGGGAGCCAGAGGUGGACGUGGUCCUGCCCCUGCAGGUGCUGAUGCGGCGCUCACAGCGCAACUACCUGGAGGCCCACGUUGACCUGCGCGACUGCGUCACCUACCAGACCGAGUACCGCUGGGAGGUGUACCGCACCGCCAGCUGCCAGCGGCCAGGGCGCCCAACCCGUGUGUCUCUGCCUGGCGUGGACGUGAGCCGGCCUCAGCUGGUGCUGCCGCGGCUGGUGCUGCCUGUGGGGCACUACUGCUUUGUGUUUGUCGUGUCAUUUGGGGACACGCCACUGGCACGGAGCAUCCAGGCCAACGUGACGGUGGCCCCCGAGCGCCUGGUGCCCAUUAUUGAGGGUGGCUCGUACCGCGUGUGGUCAGACACACAGGACCUGGUGCUGGAUGGGAGCGAGUCCUACGACCCCAACCUGGAGGAUGGCGACCAGACACCACUCAGUUUCCACUGGGCCUGUGUGGCUUCGACACAGAGGGAGGCUGGCGGGUGUGCCCUGAACUUUGGGCCCCGCGGGAGCAGCAUGGUCACCAUUCCACGGGAACGGCUGGCGGCCGGUGUGGAAUACACCUUCAGCCUCACCGUGUGGAAGGCCGGCCGCAAGGAGGAGGCCACCAACCAGACAGUGCUGAUCCGGAGUGGUCGGGUGCCCAUUGUGUCCUUGGAGUGCGUGUCCUGCAAGGCACAGGCUGUGUAUGAAGUGAGCCGCAGCUCCUAUGUGUACCUGGAGGGCCGCUGCCUCAACUGCAGCAGCGGCUCCAAGCGAGGGCGCUGGGCGGCACGUACCUUCAGUAACAAGACGCUGGUGCUGGAUGAGACCACCACCUCCACGGGCAGCGCAGGCAUGCGACUGGUGCUGCGGCGGGGCGUGCUGCGGGAUGGCGAGGGAUACACCUUCACGCUCACAGUGCUGGGCCAAUCUGGCGAAGAGGAGGGCUGUGCCUCCAUCCGCCUGUCCCCCAACCGCCCACCGUUGGGGGGCUCGUGCCGCCUCUUCCCGCUAGGUAACGUGCACGCCCUCACCACCAAGGUGCACUUCGAAUGCACAGGCUGGCAUGACGCGGAGGAUGCUGGCGCCCCCCUGCUGUAUGCCCUGCUGCUGCAGCGCUGUCGCCAAGGCCACUGCGAGGAGUUCUGUGUCUACAAGGGCAGUCUCUCCAGCUACGGAGCCGUGCUGCCCCCGGGUUUCGGGCCACACUUCGAGGUGGGCCUGGCCGUGGUGGUGCAGGACCAGCUGGGAGCCGCUGUGGUCGCCCUCAACAGGUCUCUGGCCAUCGCCCUCCCAGAGCCCAACGGUAGCACAACGGGGCUUACAGUCUGGCUGCAUGGACUCACGGCCAGUGUGCUCCCGGGGCUGCUGCGGCAGGCUGACCCCCAACAUGUCAUCGAGUACUCCCUGGCCCUGGUCACUGUGCUGAAUGAGUAUGAGCAGGCCCUGGACGUGGCGGCAGAGCCCGAGCACGAGCGGCAGAGCCGAGCCCAGAUACGCAAGAACGUCACGCAGACCCUGGUGUCCCUGCGGGUCCACACUGUGGAUGACAUCCAGCAGAUCGCUGCUGCGCUGGCCCAGUCCAUGGGUCCCAGCAGGGAGCUCGUAUGCCGCUCAUGCCUGAAGCAGACGCUGCACAAGCUGGAGGCCAUGAUGCGCAUCCUGCAGGCAGAGACCACUGCGGGCACCGUGACGCCCACCGCCAUUGGAGACAGCAUCCUCAACAUCACAGGCGACCUCAUCCACCUGGCCAGCUCGGACGUGUGGGGGCCACAGCCCUCAGAGCUGGGGACCGAGUCACCAUCACAGAUGGUGGCGUCCCAGGCCUACAACCUGACCUCCGCCCUCAUGCGCAUCCUCAUGCGCUCCCGCGUCCUCAACGAGGAGCCCCUGACACUGGCGGGCGAGGAGAUUGUGGCCCAGGGCAAGCGCUCAGACCCGCGGAGCCUCCUGUGCUAUGGCGGUGCCCCAGGGCCUGGCUGCCACUUCUCCAUUCCUGAGGCCUUCAGUGGGGCCCUGGCCAACCUCAGCGACGUGGUGCAGCUCAUCUUUCUGGUGGACUCCAAUCCCUUUCCCUUCGGCUAUAUCAGCAACUACACCGUCUCCACCAAGGUGGCCUCAAUGGCCUUCCAGACACAGGCUGGCGCCCAGAUCCCCAUUGAGCGGCUGGCCUCAGAGCGCGCCAUCACUGUGAAGGUGCCCAACAACUCAGACUGGGCUGCCAAGGGCCAGCGCAGCUCCGCCGAUUCCGUUGUGGUCCAGCCCCAGGCCUCCGUCGGUGCUGUGGUCACCCUGGACAGCAGCAACCCUGCGGCCGGGCUGCACCUGCAGCUCAACUAUACGCUGCUGGACGGCCGCUACCUGUCUGAGGAACCUGAGCCCUACCUGGCAGUCUACCUGCACUCGGAGCCCCGGCCCAAUGAGCACAACUGCUCAGCCAGCAGGAGAAUCCGCCCAGAGUCACUGGAGGGUGCCGACCACCGGCCCUAUACCUUCUUCAUUGCCCCAGGGACUGGAGAGCAGGCGGGGAGUUACCAUCUGAACCUCACCAGCCACUUCCGCUGGUCUGCGCUGGAGGUGUCCGUGGGCCUGUACACGUCCCUGUGCCAGUACUUCAGCGAGGAGGACAUGGUGUGGAGGACAGAGGGGCUGUUGCCCCUGGAGGAGACCUCACCCCACCAGGCCGUCUGCCUCACCCGCCACCUCACCGCCUUCGGCGCCAGCCUCUUCGUGCCUCCAAGCCAUGUCCGCUUUGUCUUUCCUGAGCCGACAGCGGGUGUAAACUACAUCGUCAUGCUGACAUGCGCUGUGUGCCUGGUGACCUACGCGGUCAUGGCCGCCAUCCUGCACAAGCUGGACCAGCUGGAUGCCAGCCGGGGCCGCGCCAUCCCCUUCUGUGGGCAGCGGGGCCGUUUCAAGUACGAGAUCCUCGUCAAGACAGGCUGGGGCCGGGGCUCAGGUACCACGGCCCAUGUGGGUAUCAUGCUGUAUGGGGUGGACAGCCGGAGCGGCCACCGGCACCUGGACGGUGAUAGAGCCUUCCACCGCAACAGCCUGGACAUCUUCCAGAUCGCCACCCCGCACAGCCUGGGCAGUGUGUGGAAGAUCCGAGUGUGGCACGACAACAAAGGGCUCAGCCCCGCCUGGUUCCUGCAGCACGUCAUUGUCAAGGACCUGCAGACAGCCCGCAGUGCCUUCUUCCUGGUCAAUGACUGGCUGUCGGUGGAGACGGAGGCCAACGGGGGCCUAGUGGAGAAGGAGGUGCUGGCGGCGAGCGACGCAGCCCUAUUGCGCUUCCGGCGCCUGCUGGUGGCUGAGCUGCAGCGCGGCUUCUUUGACAAGCACAUCUGGCUCUCCAUAUGGGACCGGCCACCUCGCAGCCGCUUCACCCGCAUCCAGAGGGCCACCUGCUGCGUCCUCCUCAUCUGCCUCUUCCUGGGCGCCAACGCCAUGUGGUACGGGGCUGUUGGAGACUCUACCUACAGCGCGGGGCGUGUGUCCAGGCUGCGCCCGCUGAGUGUCGACACAGUUGCUGUUGGCCUGGUGUCCAGCGUGGUUGUCUAUCCCAUCUACCUGGCCGUCCUCUUUCUCUUCCGGAUGUCCCGGAGCAAGGUGGCUGGGGGCCUGAGCCCCACGCCUGCCAGGCAGCAGGUGCUGGACAUCGACAGCUGCCUGGACUCAUCCGUGCUGGACAGCUCCUUCCUCACAUUCCCAGGGCUCCACGCUGAGCAGGCCUUUGCUGGACAGAUGAAGAGUAACUUAUUUCUGGAUGAUUCUAAGAGCCUGGUGUGCUGGCCCUCCAGCGAGGGAACGCUCAGUUGGCCGGACCUGCUCAGCGACCCGUCCAUUGUGGGCAGCAACCCACGGCAGCUGGCACGGGGCCAGACGGGCCAUGGGCUGGGCCCGGAGGAGGACGGCUUCUCCCUGGCCAGCCCCUACUCGCCUGCGAAAUCCUCAGCAUCAGAUGAAGACCUGAUGCAGCAGGUCCUUGCCAAAGGGGUCAGCAGCCCGGCCCCCACCCAAGACACCCACAUGGAAACGGACCUGCUCACCAGCCUGUCCAGCACUCCUGGGGAGAAGACAGAGAUGCUGGAGCUGCAGAGGCUGGGCGAGCUGGGGCCGCCGAGCCCGGGCCUGACCUGGGAACGGCCCCAGGCAGCGAGGCUCUCCAGGACAGGACUGGUGGAGGGUCUGCGGAAGCGCCUGCUGCCGGCCUGGUGCACCUCCCUGGCCCACGGGUUCAGCCUGCUCCUGGUGGCUGUGGCUGUGGCUGUCUCAGGGUGGGUGGGUGUUGGCUUCCCCCCGGGUGUGAGUGUUGCAUGGCUCCUGUCCAGCACCACCAGCUUCCUGGCUUCAUUCCUCGGCUGGGAGCCGCUGAAGGUCUUGCUGGAAGCACUGUACUUCUCACUGGUGGCCAAGCGGCUGCACCCUGAUGAAGAUGACACCCUGGUGGAGAGCCCGGCUGUGACGCCUGUGAGCGCACGUGUGCCCCGCGUACGCCCCCCCCACGGCUUUGCACUCUUCCUGGCCAAGGAGGAAGCCCGAAAGGUCAAGAGGCUACACGGCAUGCUGCGGGCCCCUAAGCACCGCUGCAGUGGCCUGUGUGUCUGCCCCCAGGUGGGGUCCCGGGCAGGGUGUGUGCUGCCGUUACUUAGCCAGAGCCUCCUGGUGUACAUGCUUUUUCUGCUGGUGACGCUGCUGGCCAGCUAUGGGGAUGCCUCGUGCCAUGGGCACGCCUACCGUCUGCAGAGCGCCAUCAAGCAGGAACUGCACAGCCGGACCUUCCUGGCCAUCACGCGGUCUGAGGAGCUCUGGCCAUGGAUGGCGCACGUGCUGCUGCCCUAUGUCCACGGGAACCAGUCCAGCCCAGAGCUGGGGCCUCCACGGCUGCGGCAGGUGCGGCUGCAGGAAGCACUCUGCCCAGACCCUCCCGGCCCCAGGGUCCACACUUGCUCAGCUGCGGGAGGCUUCAGCACCAGCGACUACGACGUUGGCUGGGAGAGUCCUCACAAUGGCUCAGGGACAUGGGUUUACUCUGCACCGGAUCUGCUGGGGGCGUGGUCCUGGGGCUCCUGUGCAGUGUAUGACAGCGGUGGCUACGUGCAGGAGCUGGGCCUGAGCCUGGAGGAGAGCCGCGACCGGCUGCGAUUCCUGCAGCUGCACAACUGGCUGGACAACAGGAGCCGCGCUGUGUUUGUGGAGCUCACGCGCUACAGCCCGGCCGUGGGGCUGCACGCCGCCGUAACGCUGCGCCUCGAGUUCCCGGCGGCUGGCCGUGCCGUGGCCGCUCUCAGCGUCCGCCCGUUCGCGCUGCGCCGCCUCAGCGCGGGCCUCUCGCUGCCUCUGCUCACCUCGGUGUGCCUGUUGCUGUUCGCGCUGCACUUCGCCGUGGCCGAGGCCCGUACUUGGCACAGGGAAGGGUGCUGGCGCGUGCUGCGACCCAGGGCCUGGGCACGGUGGCUGCUGGUGGUGCUGACGGCGGCCACGGCGCUGGUACGCCUCGCCCAGCUGGGCGCCGCCGACCGCCAGUGGACCCGCUUCGUGCGCGGCCGCCCACGCCGCUUCACCAGUUUCGACCAGGUGGCGCAGUUGAGCUCCGCAGCCCGUGGCCUGGCGGCCUCACUACUUUUCCUGCUCUUGGUCAAGGCCGCUCAGCAGCUACGCUUCGUGCGCCAGUGGUCUGUCUUUGGAAAGACGUUAUUCCGGGCUCUGCCUGAGCUCCUGGGGGCCACCCUGGGCCUGGUGGUGCUCGGGGUAGCCUACGCCCAGCUGGCCGUUCUGCUCGUGUCCUCCUGCGUGGACUCCCUCCGGAGUGUGGCCCAGGCCCUGCUGGUGCUGUGCUCUGGGACCGGGCUCUCUACCCUGUGUCCUGCCGAGUCCUGGCACCUGUCACCACUGCUGUGUGUGGGGCUCUGGGCGCUGCGGCUGUGGGGCGCCCUACGGCUGGGGGCUGUCAUCCUCCGGUGGCGCUACCACGCCCUGCGUGGAGAGCUGUACCGGCCGGCCUGGGAGCCCCAGGACUAUGAGAUGGUGGAGCUGUUCCUGCGUAGGCUGCGCCUCUGGAUGGGCCUCAGCAAGGUCAAGGAGUUCCGCCACAAAGUCCGCUUUGAAGGGAUGGAACCGCUGCCCUCUCGCUCCUCCAGGGGCUCCAAGGUACCCCCGGAUGUGCCCCCACCCAGCGCUGGCUCCGAUGCGUCGCACCCCUCCACCUCCUCCAGCCAGCUGGAUGGGCUGGGCGUGAGCCUGGGCCGGCUGGGGACGAGGAGUGAGCCCGAGCCCUCCCGCCUCCAAGCCGUGUUUGAGGCCCUGCUCACCCAGUUUGACCGACUCAACCAGGCCACAGAGGACGUCUACCAGCUGGAGCAGCAGCUGCACAGCCUUCAAGGCCGCAGGAGCAGCCGGGCCCCCGCCGGACCUUCCCGUGGCCCAUCCCCGGGCCUGCGGCCAGCACUGCCCAGCCGCCUGGCCCGGGCCAGUCGAGGUGUGGACCUGGCCACUGGCCCCAGCAGGACAUCUCUGUGGGUCAAGAACAAGGUCCACCCCAGCAGCACUUAGGCCCCUUCCCUGGUGGGGAUGGGCUGUGGAGUCAGAGUGGACACCGCUCAGUAUUACCUUCUGCCACCCUCAAGGCCUCGGGCCAGGCAGAAUGGCUGCACGCAGGUUCCCCAGAGAGCAGGCAGGGGUGUCUGUCUGCCUGUGGGCUUCAGCACUUUAAAGAGGCUGUGUGUCCAACCAGGACCCAGGGUCCCCUCCCCGGCUCCCUGGGGGAGGACACAGCAGUAUUGGAUGUUUUCUAGCCUCUGAGAUGCUAAUUUAUUUGCCCGAGUCCUCAGGUACAGCGGGCUGUGCCCGGCCCCACCCCCUGGGCAGAUGUCCCCCAUCGCUAAGGCUGCUGGCUUCAGGGAGGGUUAGCCUGCGCCGCCGCCACCCUGCCCCUAAGUUAUUACCUCUCCUGUUCCUAUGGUACUCCCCGCAUCGUCUCACUGUGUGUCUCGUGUCAGUAAUUUAUAUGGUGUUAAAAAUGUAUAUAUUUUUGUAUGUCACUAUUUUCACUAGGGCUGAGGGGCCUGGCAGCUGAAACUGGGCCCUGCAUCCAGAGCUGGCCUCCCCAACACCUGAGUAGGUGUGGUGGGGCUAUGGCAGCCCGGCUGCUGCUUGGAUGCGACCAUGACCUUGGGCCAGUGCUGGGGGCACAGCUGUCUCCCAGGCACUCUCAUCACCCCAGAGGCUUUGUCAUCCUUCUUGCCCUAAGCCAGGUACCAGCGCCCAGGCCUGCUGGUAUCGGGUCUGGGCAAGAGCAGGACUGGGCAUGUCAGAGGACCCCAGGGUGGUUAGAGAAAAAGACCCCUCCUGGUGGCUGGCUCCCAGGGUGGAGGAAGGUGAGCUUGUGUGUGUGUGCGCGUGCGUGCUGUGCGGCCCGGGCAGCCCCAGGGCCCUCAGAGUUGGCUGCGCCUGCUUUUGUGUACCACUUGUGGGCACGGCUGCUACUAGAGCCUCAACCUCCCCCCACCCAACCCCCGCCCCAAGCAGACAAAGUCAAUAAAAGAGCUGUCUGACUGCAA